AUGGGUAUGCCAUAUUCUAAACAGGUCCACGCAGCAUUCGACCAAGUCACGCCGCUCGUGGCCGCUGGCUUCGAAGUCCUCCGCACGACCAAAAAUAUCGCAGUCUUUCUUGCCUUUCUACAAGUCUUCAUAACCCUCAUAUUGACUCUUACACUAUUCGCGAUCCUCGCGGUGAUAUACUCUGUCAAUCCAGAUCUAGAAGAGGAACGGCGUGCGCUGGUCACGCCGUGCAUGCAGUGGAUAGCGAGCUGGGUACUGGAGUACGGAGCUUUGACUGCAUGGAUUUUGAAGGUCGUUGUAGUUCUCAGUACUGCUGGGCUGGGAAUAUUUCUAUGGCAAGGGUCUACUACAGAGGUCAUUCCAGAGGUUGAAGGCGAGGAUGAUGCACCCGAGGAUAUUGAGUGA